CUUCUAUGCUCACCAUCACUCCGAUUUCAACAAUUAGCCAGUAAAGAUGUUCUCCAACAAGUGCGGAAUACUGUUCCUCGUGGCCUGCUGCCUGGUCAGCCUAGUGGCCUCCUAUCGUCAACCAUAUACCGAGGAGUUCCAGACCAGUCCGGAUCAGCUGCUCCAAGUGGCUCCCUUGGUACGCCGUGCUCGAUCGCCUGAGGGAGGUUCCGUGGUCGUAACCGCCAGCAAGGACCACCAAGUGGGUCGGGAGGCCAGUGUUCAGUACAACCACAAUCUGUACAGUAGUGGCGAUGGGCGUGGCAGCAUCGACGCCUACGCCCAGGCCAGUCGGAAUUUCGACUUUAAUCGGAACAACUACGAAGGCGGCAUUCGGGGCACCUGGCAUUUCUGAGCGGGAACAGAAGUAUUAAAUUGGUUACAACUUGAUUCAUGUGAAUAAAUACAUGUGUUUACCCAA